AUGGCCACCCUUUCCACCAAGACCGGCCAGGAGGUCGAUCGCUCCGUCUUGGAGUCAAUGCUCCGUCGUCGCAUGUUUUAUACCCCCUCCUUCGAAAUCUACGGUGGUGUGAAAGGUCUGUACGACUAUGGCCCACCUGGAACCGCCCUGAUCGCCAACAUGACCGACCUGUGGCGCAAGCAUUUUGUGCUGGAGGAGGAUAUGCUCGAGGUCGACACCACCAUGCUCACCCCCCACGAAGUUCUCAAAACCUCUGGGCACGUGGACAAGUUCGCCGACUGGAUGUGCAAGGACCCCAAGACCGGCGAGAUCUUCCGUGCUGAUCACUUGGUGGAAGAAGUACUGGAGGCGCGCUUAAAGGGCGACAAGGAAGCUCGCGGCCAGAAGGUGGUGGUUGAUGCGGACAAGGAAGCCAAGAAGAAGAAGAAGUCCAAGGUGAACCAGGCUGUGAAGCUUGAGGAUGCAGUUGUCAAGGAGUACGAGGAGACUCUUGCGCAGAUUGAUAACUUCGGCGGCCCGGAGCUCACGGAGAUUAUCAAGAAAUACAACAUCCGCAACCCCCAGACUGACGGCCCUGUCGAGGACCCUGUCUCAUUUAACCUCAUGUUCCAGACUGCUAUCGGCCCUAGCAGCAACAUGCCUGGUUUCCUGCGCCCUGAGACUGCGCAGGGUCAGUUCUUGAACUUCCAGAAGCUGCUGGAGUUCAACCAGCAGUCCAUGCCUUUUGCUUCCGCGGCAAUUGGUAAGUCUUUCCGUAACGAGAUCUCCCCUCGCGCCGGUCUGCUGCGUGUGCGCGAGUUCCUCAUGGCCGAGAUCGAGCACUACGUGGAUCCCGAGGGUGGCAAGAAGCACCCUCGGUUCGUCGAGGUUAAGGACGUCGAGAUGACUCUGCUCGAUCGUCACGUCCAGCUCUCUGGCAGUACCAAGACCACUAAGAUGACUAUCGGCAAGGCCGUUGAGACCGGCCUUGUGGAUAACGAGACACUGGGUUACUUUCUGGGCCGUAUUCAGCUCUUCUUGCUGAAGCUAGGUGUCGACCCCACCAAGCUUCGCUUCCGUCAACACAUGGCUAAUGAGAUGGCCCACUAUGCUGCUGACUGCUGGGAUGCUGAGCUCUUCACCAGCUAUGGCUGGAUUGAGUGUGUUGGCUGUGCUGAUCGUAGCGCCUAUGAUCUGACUGUACACAAGAACAAGACCGGUGCUCCACUUGUGGUGCGCCAGACUCUUGCCGAACCCCGGAAGUUUGAGGAAUGGCAGGUCGACAUCGAAAAGAAGAAGUUUGGUCCUCAAUUCAAGAAGGAUGCUAAGGCCGUCGAGUCAGCCAUUGAGGCUCUCUCGCAGGAUCUGCGCGAGAAGCUCUCUCUGGAUCUCCAGCAGAACGGUAAGGUCGAGAUUGACGUGGAAGGUGUUGGCUCUGGCAAGGUCGAACUGAGCAAGGACCUUAUCAACAUCGAAAAGCGUACCCGCGUCGAGAACAUUCGCGAGUACACUCCCAACGUCAUCGAGCCAUCCUUUGGUAUCGGCCGUAUCUUAUACAGUAUGAUUGAGCACGUUUACUGGUCGCGUGCUGGCGACGAAGCCCGUGGUGUUCUCUCUUUCCCCCCUGCCGUCGCCCCCACCAAGGUCUUGCUGGUCCCCCUCUCCACUCACGCCUCCUUCAAGCCUCUCACCCAGCGCUUGACCAGCAAGCUCCGCCGACUGGGCAUCUCCAACCGUGUCGAUGACUCCUCCGCUUCUAUUGGAAAGCGCUACGCCCGUAACGACGAGCUGGGCACUCCAUUCGGUCUCACCGUUGACUUCCAGUCCGUCGAGGACAACACUUUCACACUACGUGACCGUGAUACCACCAAGCAAGUGCGCGCAAGCGAAGACGAAAUUCUCAAGGCCCUCAAGUCGCUCAUUGACGGCGAGGAGACUUGGAAGAUAUCUUCAAGAGACUCCCCGAAUUCACUGGUCAGGAAACGGAAGACCGAUUUCGACCCGCGCAAUAAUGCUCGCCUCCUGGUCGGAGGCGGAGGCGGCGAGGGCCGAAGCGGAGUUGGAAACAAGAUCUGGCUUUUAGAUACCUCAAAAAGAGAUGAGGUCAGUGCGGCUGUCGAGCUCGACCUGUCGCGUGACGAGGACUCUGUGACUACCCUGGCCGUUGCGCCGCAGGCCAGCGACGAUGCGGAUUCACUGACUGUCCUCGCGGGAAUCAAUAGCUCAGUUGCUGAGCAAAAGAAGAACAACAACAAACACAUGCGAUCAUUCCUAUUCCAGGCCCCACGGAAAGUUACGAAAACAGAUGCGAUCACUGGAGAGGACGAAAACGACAAGGCGGAGCAAGGAAAGUCAAAGGAAAAGAGCGAUUCAGAUGAAAUCAUUCCAGGUCAAGGGAAGCUACUGUCAAGCGCAUCCCUAUUUCGUGCAAAAAAAGGAACCGACCCGGGGGAUACAUAUCAACGAGUGUUGCGCCUUUCGCCCUGGAGGAAACCGACAGAUGGCUCUCAACAAGGCAACAGAAUUGGUGCCAUCGCAACAGGACUUGCUCCUUCCAGUGAGCUCGUGCUCUUCCAUGUGACUGCAUCGCCUACAGAAGCCGAUGUAAUGGGUCGCAUCCGCCUUGAAAAUAACGAAGAGGUUGACGACGUGGACAUCAUCGAUCUCCGAAAUGAAUCGGAUGAAACCAAAGCGACUGAUCAAUUCAGAUUCGCGUACACGAACGGGGCCGACGUGGUAGUUGGUGAAAUCUCAGCUUCUACUCGCUCGAACGCCGCGCCAGCUGUUCGCCCCCUCUGUUCUAUCCCCUGCCCAAAGCGGGGAAAGCUGCGCGCCCCAAGUUCCAAUGCUCCUGAUCGCGGUGGCAGCGAGCUGGUCAUUCUGGAUUUCUCUACUGUUCCAUCUGAACCCUCUGGGAUAUAUGACGAACCAAUGAUCACCCACCGCAAGAAGCUUCCGAGUAGUAUGAAGAUUGGUCUUGGUCUCGAUGUCUGCCCUCUUGGAGAGAACACAAUUGGCCAGCAGCAAUUCAUAGUCGCAGCAAGCGGGAGCGAUAACUCGAUCGCUGUAUGGACUAUUGAAUACGGACCUAAGCGUGGGUUCGAUAAGAUCCGACCUUACACGACUCUAAAAGAUUUGCAUCCAUUCUCCAUGACCAAGCUAUCAUUUUCUACUUUCAUUCCCCCAGCUCACCCUAUUACACCUGAUGUCCCUCCGCAAAAAGUCAAGCUUGUCUCGGUUAGCAUGGGCAACACAGUCGUCGUGCAUACCUUCCCUCUCGCUCCGUUCCCCCCAUCUUCGCGCACUGCACGCUACACCUUAUCUCUCCCCGGCCCGGCAGAAUUCUGGGAACUCCUGAUUUAUACAAUUGCCUUGUUCUUCUCCUUCGGCAUAGUCAUAUUUGCCGUGUGGCUCUAUGCCGAGAUCCGCGGCGCAGUGCCCCCCGUCGUGGGUGUCCAGCAUUGGCUUCCAGGAGGAACCUCGAACUCCUGGGCGAUAGAAUAUGUCCACCCGGGACUACAAAAGGCCUCUUACUUAGACAGUAUGGCCCCCAAGGGGCCCGGCUCAACUCCAGACCAAGACACGAUCGAAAGUCUGAAGAGUAUCCUUGAGCGAGUCCACAGCUCAGGUUUCGCACCGGCAGACCUUGAAGUUCCUUCGCCACAGGAGGUCUCAGUUAUUGUUCGCUGCCAUGAUGGCCAGUCUGCCGAGCAGAGUGUCAUUGUUGAAACGGCUUCUGCACAUGGCGAGAACUCUGAAUCUGGGAACUUGCGCGCUUGGAAUGAUUUGAGUGGCGCGGACCAGGAUGCUUGGAGGCAACGGCUGACUGAUGCUCGACGGUGGGUUGUGAGUGAGGGCGAGGCCGUCCUGCAAGGAGUGCUGUUCAGCGAAGCAUGUAACCAACUAGCGCAAACUGUCAAGGAUGAACUGUAA